AUGCGUCAUCUCAACCAUGAAAGGCUAACAGAUAUUUGUUGUUAUACGUUAAUUAUAGAUUUAAACGUAAUGGAACAAAUUGAUGAAAAAGAUUAUGAAGAAUUUUUGAAAAGUCAUGAAUUUCAAUUAUUAUUUUGUGGAAUACCGAAAUAUCUUUAUUGUCAAUUAUAUUUUAAAAUGAAAAAUGAAAUAUUUGAUUGUGGAAAAUAUUUUCAAAUAUGUCCAGUUGAUGAUGAUGAUUUAUGUGAAGAGAAUUUUAAUCCUGAACGAAAAUAUUAUAUGAGUACCAUUGAACAUGAAAUUAAACCGUCAAAUGUUGAAAUGAUAUUUUUAAUUGAUCAUGCAUGGACAUAUAGAAUUCGUGAUGCUCGAAAACAUUUAUUAACAAUUCCAAAAUUAUAUGAAAGAAUGUUAUCAUUAAUGAAUAUUAAUGAAACAAAUCAUGAUCUAGAAAAUGGUAUUGAAAUGAUUUUACAACGAAUGUGGAAAUAUAAUCAAACUUAUACAUUGGCAACAGAUCAAAUUGAUCCAUUAAAUGAUUGUGAAGAAGUCUAUGAACCAUAUUGGUAUAUUAUGGAUGAAGUUGGUUCAAUGAUUCGACAUUCAGAUACAAAUGUAAAUCUUAAUUGUGUAUCAUUCUAUUUUCAACCAUCACAAACAAUGUAUUCUGUUAUAUGGCCAAUAGAAAUUAUACCACCUUAUACGGAAUGUUUUCGAAAUUAUUUAUAUACAAAUCAAACAGAUGUUAUUCUUAAAAAUGUUAAAUUAUUAACAUGGAAUCGUAUUUCAUAUCGAAAAAAAUAUUUAAGAAAUUUAUUAAAAUUUGAUAAAAGUCUUUUUAAUACUAAACUUGAAUAUAAUAAAGAUUUAUUUCUUAAAUGUCAUAAAAAUGAUGAUUAUAUUGAAACAACUUCAGUAAUAUCAUCAAAUACGGAUAAUCAAUUAUUUAAAGUAUAUACCGAUAAUGAACUUGUAAAACAAUUUUUAAAUGAUAGUCAUUAUCAAUUUGUCGAUAAUAUUGACGAAUGUAAUAUCUUAUUUACAAUGAAACAUAUUGAAAAUUAUCGACAUUAUAUGGAAAAUUAUCCACAAAUGAUGUUUAAUCAAUUUCCAUAUGAAAAUAUUGUGACAAAUAAAGAAUUGUUGUCAUUAGUAGCUAGAAGAUGGAAACAUAUACAAAAAAGAAAAAUUUCAUCUAAUGAAGAUGAAGAUGAUACUAAUAGCAAACUUGAUCCAUUUGUAGACGUUCAUACAUGUCCACCGUGGUUACCAAUAACAUUUAAUCUUAUACAUGAAUUACCACAAUUUGCCGUUUAUUAUCAAUAUCGUGAAGAUAAUCAAUUGGAUAAUCAUUGGAUAAUUAAACCAACAAAUUUAACUCGUAGUAUUGAUAUGUCAAUUACAAAUAUAUUAGAUAUGAUUUUACGUUUACCAGAGAGUGGUCCAAAAAUUGUAUGCAAAUAUAUUCAUAGACCUAUUUUACUUAAAAUAGAUGAAUUAAAUGGUGCUGUUAAAAUUUGA